AUGGUGAUAGACCCAGCUACCCGCCACCCGAGCUCCCACUCCAACUUCAGCCGCGCGGGCUAUAGCGUCCGCCCAUACUACCAGAUAACUACCUACACAUACGCCUACGAGGGAAACUCCGCGCCGAUGCCCCCGCACCAAAUACCGCGGUUCGCCAGCGGGCCAACGCUGGCAUAUCACCAGCAACAGUUCCAGUCCCACGCCGCUCAGUCCCAUGCGGCGGCUCAUCAGCAGCCCCUUGCGGCCAACCACCAGCAGCCCCUUGCCGGCAGCCAUUCAUAUAUUCAUGCCAAUGCCCAAUUAAAUGCGUUCCAAAACUCUGCCAACGGCGGCCUCGCUGGUGUCGGUGGCCUAAACGCGGGGGCUUCAUCGACGGGCCCCGUCUUGCCUUCCAAGGCGCUAGCUUCCAGCAGCAGCAGCAGCACAGCCAAGCGCAGCACGCGCUAG